AUGAGUCAAGUUCAGAUUAGACAAAUAUCAUCAAAAUCUUUGACAAAUAAUCCACAAAUUAUUGGUUCAUGGUUUCCAACUGGUUAUUAUGGUCAUUUUAGAGCUAAAUCACGUAUUGAUUUAUGUAAUGAUUUUCGUCAACUUGCUCGACCUAAUCCACCUAAAACAUUCUUAGAUCGACAAAAUUCUGAAGCUAGUUUACAUAAGUUUUCUCAACAUGAUAAUCGAUUUAAAUUUGAAUGUGAUCCACUUGUUCGAAGUACUCAAAGUGGUUUUGGUAGACGAAAAUUACAAACAAAUGUACAAGGUAAAUUUGAUCCAUUUUUUAUUAGUUGGAUUCCAGAAAAUGUCAAUGAAAAAAAUUAUAUUAAUAAUAAUAAAAUAACUUCAUAUGCUAAUGAUUUUAAUUCAAAUUUAAUAUCAUCACAAAUUUUAUUUAAUGCACCAUCAAUUAAUUCAUCAUCAAAUGAACUUAGUGUUUAUUCAACUGUUUUUAAUCAUGGACAACCAAAUGAAGAACAAUCAAAACAAAUUCAUCAAGAAACAUUUCAAAGAUAUUCAGCAACUCUAACACGUCGUUCACAAAUAAAACAAAAUGAACGAAGUAAAAAUGUUGCUUCAUGUCUUAUAUGGAAUAAUAUAAAUAAUGAAAACAAAUCUAUUAAAACGAAUGAUACAAUAAUUAAUAAUAUUUUAUCUACUCCAUUAGAACCUCAUAUUAAUUCACAUGAUAUACCUACAAUAAUUAAACAACAAAAACCAUAUCAAAAUCAAUUAAUGCAAACAUUUAAAACUAUAACACAACCAUGCUGCAAGGCGAGUACAUUACAAGACUAUCAAGCAAAUUUACCAUUUCAACUAGCUACUUCAUUCGGACGAACACGUACAAACAGUACGGAACAUCUUAUUACAAAAUAUAUGUAA